AUGCCCGCCGACUUCGACAAGCAAAGCUACUGGGGCGAACGCUUCGCAUCCGAGGUCACCUUCGAGUGGCUGACCCAAUCUGCGACCUUCAUGUCGAUCGUGGAUCCUUACCUCGCCAAACUCGACGACGCGGCGCCCAUCCUGCAGCUAGGCUUCGGUACGAGCGACCUGCAGAACCAUUUCCGGCAACGCGGGUUUCAGAAUGUGACCAACGUCGACUUUGAGCCACGUGCCAUCGACCGCGGCCGCAUGUUGGAGAAGCAAGUAUUUGGUGACGUGAAGAUGCGGUAUCUCGUCGCGGACGUCACGCAGCUCCAGCUGCAUGACAAGUACGAUUUAAUCGUCGAUAAGAGCACGGUCGAUGCGGUGUCCUGCGGUGGUAUUGAGCCGUUUUUGCGCAUGGCGGAGGGUGUGAGACGGCACCUGACGGAUGACGGGUUCUGGAUCUCAUUGAGCUACUCGUUCUGCCGAUUUAACGUGGCGGGAUUGCCUUUCGACGUUGAGGUGAUUGCAAAGAUUCCGACGCCGAAACUGAAGCCGCAUGAUCCGGAUGUCUUUCAUUACUGCUAUCUGUUGAGGCCAAAGGACUUCCGCUGA